AUGGAAAGACUAGCCGGCCGGCUGUGAGCCCUUCGGGUUUGGCAAGAGAUUUGCGAGCUUUCGUCCUAAUUGCUCUUUUACACCUCUCCCAUGGCGACAAUUGAUGAUCAUUUACUCAGGGUGCGCUUACUCCUAGCGCGCGUCAAUCCAUCCGCAGCCUUCCGCUCGCCCGACAACUCCAUUCUUAGGCGAGCUUUAUGGGAUCUUUAUUCUAUUCUUGAGGGACCUCUCCAGAAAGAGAUGUACGAGAUUUGGAAGCUUUGUAAUGCACCUGCCAAGUUUUCUCAAGGCCUCGCUCGUUUGUCUGCCUUUCUGGAGGCACAUCCAUCAUCUUCUCCGUCUGGACCAACAUCCAUGGCCCUCGCGCCAUCAGCCGGUGAUCAUCUCGCAUCUUUGGGCGCUCAGUCCUCGUCUCUGCCUGAAAACACUACCGCAGCACCGGUUUCCAGGGAAGAAUUCCUGCCAUCACGCUCCCCGAUAGUGUCGAGACAUCCAGACUCGCUCACCGUCUCGCUUCGACGUGGUGAAUCUCCUACAAAUGGCUUACGCCGUUUACUCCGUAACGAGCGUUUAUCACAGAUAGGGGAUUAUCCAGGUAAGUUCCGCGUUUUCUUUGGCUUAUUGUUUCAUUUGUAGCGUGUUAUAUUGAGGCGCGAACAACUAAAGGAUCAGAACCGAUAUCCUUGACCAUGUCGCUCCCAAUCCAGGCCGACCUUCCCGCUGCCGAAGGCGACGAGAACCAAUCAAUGUUUCAUCAACGUCCGCGUGCCAUUACAUCUGCAGCGGUGCAUGGCAUUCUCUCAGAUUUGCCCGCGAUAGAGCACGUUCCUACUGGCGCCCCCUGGGAGGUUCGCCGGCCGCAGGGCCGAUUUGAGCCGCAUGUUUCUCAACCGCCCGCUGUGCGCGAGACUUCUCUUCCGAAUGUGUAUUCUCUUCAAGCAUUUCAG